GCUGAACGCGCCUUUGACCAGAUAGGAGAAAUAAAAAGAGAAAAAUCGUACAAAUCAAUUCCUAAUUCUUCCAAAAGCGUCCACGGUAAUUUCCCCAUCCCUAUUCCCUUCAACUUUCCUCUUUAUAAUACCAAAAAAGAGGGUCAAAUCAUUUAAGCCCAAUUCUUCAUAAUUACCUAAUAGGAGCAAAGGCAGAAGGAGGAAAGGGUGAAGGAAAGGAUGGAAAUAUUUGACUUAGAGAAGCAGUUUGCAUUUUAUGGAGCAUACCACAGCAACCCAGUGAAUAUCUUGAUUCACAUGGUUUUUGUGUGGCCAAUCUUUUUUACCGGUCUUAUUCUUUUCGAUUUUACGCCCCCACUUUUCAAUUUACCUCCGAUUCAGCUCUGUGAACACAGCUCCUUGGUCCUUAAUUUCGGGUUCUUGUUUGCUUUGGUUUAUGCAAUGUUCUACGUGGCUUUGGACAAGAAAGCUGGCUCUUUGGCUGCUUUGCUCUGUUUUGUUUGUUGGGUUUCCAGUAGUAUGGUUGCUCGUCAAUUGGGCUUCUCUCUCGCCUGGAAGGUUGUUCUAGCGGCUCAGUUAUUCUGCUGGACUGGACAGUUUAUAGGUCAUGGAGUGUUUGAGAAGCGAGCACCUGCUCUGUUGGACAAUCUUACACAAGCGUUCCUUAUGGCACCAUUUUUUGUACUCCUUGAGGCCCUCCAAUCUCUUUUCGACUAUGAACCAUACCCUGGGUUUCAUUCAAAAGUGAAAGCUACGAUAGAUGCUGAAAUCAAAGAAUGGCAGGAGAAGAAGCAGAAAAAAAUAUCUUAAGUUGGAACGUGUGAUGCUGUUAUCUAUUCUAAUUGUAUCUGUAAAUGAAACGAAGUCAGGUUCGCAUGUGAACUGCUUAUGUACACGUUAACUUGGUUUUUUGUCGCUAAAAUUGAAAACUUGGUUUUGUAUACAUCCUUUAAUAAAUCAUUGUUUUUCAAAACGCUA